AUGGUUCCCCUUGUUGUGACUGCGCUCUUUCUUUUGGCUAUCACCUUCUACAAAUCUUCUUUAUCCCACGUCAGCCAACAAACAGUCUUCCAAAAGGUUCAGCAGUGCGCCAUCGACAACUUGAAGUCUGACUUGUCAUUUCUCCACUCUGCUGUGCCCAUUUCCAGCAACGAGUUCAUUGAGCGACGGGAUCGUCUCGCCAGGGCCUUAGCCGCUACAGGUGUAGACGCCUUCGUACUUGAACCCGGCUACACUUUUCAAUACUAUGGCAAUAUUUCCCAGGUUGAUUGGGAGCCAUGGGAGCCUGAGGAGCGACCGUUUCUGAUGUUGGUCUUGCCUCAGACCUCAUCAUCUGGUGAAGUCACUGCCAAAACAGCCUUUCUGUCCCCCCAUUUCGAAGAGGGCCGAGUUCGCAUGUUGGGAAUUCCUUCUAGAGACGAGGAUCUUGACAUUGUGAUCUGGGAAGAGCACUGGAAUCCAUACGAUACACUACUUAAGUCGCGUCUCUUCGAUGGCCACAAGGCCAAAGUCAUGGUUGAUGAGGAGAUGCGUGAUUACAUCGUCCGUGGUCUGGGCUCCGUCGGAUUUGAGACCGUCGGUCUGAACCCGGAAGUGGAGCUUGUGCGACAACAGAAGACUCCUGCAGAAGUAGAGCUGCUCCGCGCCGUCAACACCGGGACCGUGGUUGCGGUUAGGGCAAUGCGGCCUUGCCUGGUUCCUGGUCUCACCGAAGAUGAGGUAACCGAAAUCCUGAACGGUGCUCUUUUGUCCAUCGACUUCCAACUCUUCUUCAACAUUGUUCUGUUUGAAGAGCACGGAGCCUUACCCCAUGGCGGCUUCGUCACUGGCUGGAAGAAGUUGACGACCGAGAGCAUGGUUGUCAUUGAUGUUGGCGCUCACUUUUUGGGUUACAGCUCGGACAUCUGUCGCAGUUUCUUCAUUGACCCGCCCAAGAUAGAAAGCCGCAGCAUAAUUGGCAUGCUCCUGGGACUUCUCAGGAAGUCAUCAACAAUGCAUACCUCUGAAAUGACCUCCGAGCUCCGAGCGGAGAAGUUCAAGGUCUGGGACGUUGUGCUGGAAGCACAGACUGCGGCUGCUGCUGCUUUCAAGCCGAACAACACGGCUGCCAGUGUUGACAUUGCCGCGCGCACCGUUAUUGAGGAUGCAGGCUACGGUUACGGUUUUACUCACCGUCUGGGACAUGGCAUUGGUAUCAAAGCCCACGAGUCCCCUUACUUAAAUAAGUGGAACAACCAAGUUUUGCUUCAGCCGGGCAUGACCUUCACCAAUGAGCCAGGCAUCUACCUUGAGAACAGGUUUGGUGUAAGACAUGAAGACAUCUAUCUCGUCAAAGAGUCUGGAGAAGCCGAACUACUCACAGGUCGCCGAGCUACAGGACCGUAUGAUCCGUAG